UUAGUCCAACAGCGUCAGAGGGAGAGUGGCGCUGAGCUGGUCAGGCGAGUCAGACAGAAACGAGCACCCCGGAGGGGUAAGAGGUACAUCCGCAGCUUUGUGAGUGGUGUUCCCCGAAAUACUGUGGGAAGAGAUGGUCUUGUCUUCAGGAUUGACAUAACAUUUAAAGCUGAUGGAUUCUUGUCCUGAUUCUUUAUCAUGAAAAGGUGACACACUGAAAAUGGCCCCAAAUUCCAUCCACUGGUUUCGGAAGGGCCUGCGUCUCCAUGACAACCCUGCACUUCAGGAGGCAGUGCGGGGUGCAGGCACCAUCCGCUGUGUGUACUUUUUGGACCCCUGGUUCGCCGGGUCUUCCAACCUUGGGGUCAACAGGUGGAGAUUUCUCCUUCAGUGCCUAGAUGAUCUCGACUCCAAUCUCCGGAAACUCAAUUCCCGCCUUUUUGUCAUUCGAGGUCAACCAGCCAAUGUUUUCCCACGUCUCUUCAAGGAGUGGGAAAUAUCCAGGUUGACUUUCGAGUAUGACUCAGAACCAUUUGGGAAGGAGCGGGAUGCUGCCAUUAAGAAGCUUGCGAUGGAGGCUGGGGUGGAAGUCAUCGUCAAGAUCUCACAUACACUGUACAAUCUGGACAAAAUCACUGAGUUGAAUGGUGGUCAGCCGCCCCUCACCUACAAGCGUUUCCAGACGCUAAUCAGCCGCAUGGAUCCACCAGAGAUGCCAGUGGAGACCUUGUCCAGUGCUCUCAUGGGCUGCUGCGUCACGCCUGUGUCUGAAGACCAUGGGGAAAAAUAUGGCGUGCCUUCUUUGGAAGAGCUGGGGUUUGACACAGAAGGACUGCCCUCUGCUGUCUGGCCAGGUGGAGAGACUGAAGCGUUAACAAGGAUUGAGAGACAUCUGGAGAGAAAGGCUUGGGUAGCAAACUUUGAGAGACCAAGGAUGAAUGCCAACUCCCUGCUGGCCAGCCCCACAGGCCUGAGCCCGUACCUUCGCUUCGGCUGCCUCUCCUGUCGCCUCUUUUACUUCAAACUUACAGACCUCUACAGAAAGGUGAAAAAGACCAGCACCCCUCCCCUCUCCCUCUAUGGCCAGCUGCUGUGGCGAGAAUUUUUCUACACCGCUGCCACCACCAACCCACGCUUCGACAAGAUGGAGGGCAACCCCAUUUGUGUGCGUAUCCCCUGGGAUAAAAACCCAGAAGCAUUGGCCAAGUGGGCCGAGGCUAAGACUGGUUUCCCAUGGAUUGAUGCCAUCAUGACCCAGCUGAGGCAGGAGGGCUGGAUCCACCACCUGGCCCGGCAUGCUGUGGCCUGCUUCCUCACCCGAGGAGACCUGUGGAUCAGCUGGGAGGAGGGCAUGAAGGUGUUUGAGGAGCUCUUAUUGGACGCUGACUGGAGUGUGAAUGCAGGCAGCUGGAUGUGGCUCUCCUGUAGCUCCUUCUUUCAGCAGUUCUUCCACUGCUAUUGUCCGGUGGGCUUUGGUCGGCGCACUGACCCUAACGGCGAUUUCAUUAGACGCUAUUUACCUGUUCUCCGAGGUUUUCCGGCCAAGUACAUAUAUGAUCCGUGGAAUGCCCCAGAUUCAGUACAGGCUGCAGCGAAGUGCAUCAUCGGAGUCCACUACCCCAAACCCAUGGUCAACCAUGCGGAGGCCAGCCGCCUUAACAUCGAGAGGAUGAAGCAGAUCUACCAGCAACUUUCCCGAUACAGAGGACUAGGACUUCUGGCCUCAGUGCCAUCUACACAUAACGGGAACGGGAACGGCAUGGCCUAUUCUCCAGGAGAACAGCAGUCCGGGACCAACACACCAGCACCUGUGUCGAGCAGCUCUGUUGCCAGUGGUAACAGGAGUGGAAGUAUUCUGCUGAACUUCGACAGUGAGGAGAAUCAGGGACCAAGUGGGAUUCAGCAGCAGCUAGGCUACCACCAAAUGCCAGACUCCAGCCAGGUCAUUGCAAGCAGCAGUCAGCUUUACCAGUCCAAAAUCUCUCAUGAGAUGUCAGGUCCUCGGCAUCCAGGACGUCUGCUUCACACAGGAGGAAGCGUCACAGGUAAGAGGGAAAGAGAAUCGGAACGAGACGCUGAAGGAGAUGACGACACCCUUUCCACCUCUCACAAGCUACAGCGACAAAUUGCCGAAAUCACUUCUGUCCACGCAGCCAACGGGAACCAGCCUAGUAUGAAGAGCUAGAGGGACAUAUCAUCAACUGAAGUGAGCAAACACAGCACUGAACAACUGAACACAGCACAUUGUGAAGUGUAUCUCUUAAAACCAGCUUUGU